UGACUCUCUGAUGUUCUUUCCGGGGGCAAUGGGAGGGUUUUGCCGUCUGGGAUGGAGGCGGUUCACUUUAUGUGGCUGGCGGUGGAGUCACCCUGGGUACCCAGAUAGGGUAGAGCCAUUUCUCAGGCCGAGAUGGCGUGGGACAGGAGGUGCUGAAAAGGAUCUUAGGCAGCUCCGGACGUGGGGGCGCCCGAGCCUGGCUCGAGAUUUGGUGGUGCAGUCGCGGCGUCAGAAGAGCACAAACCCGUUCACGCGCGCCCAGAAGGAGGACUGGAGGCGGCGGAAUAAGACGCUUCUCACGUACGUGGCCGCUGCUGCCGUGGGCAUGCUGGGGGCCUCUUACGCCGCGGUCCCCCUCUAUCGGCUCUAUUGCCAGACUACUGGACUUGGAGGAUCUGCAGUGGCAGGCCAUGGGUCCGACCAGAUUGAAGCCAUGGUGCCUGUUAAGGACCGCAUUAUUAAAGUUACCUUUAAUGCAGAUGUGCAUGCAAGUCUCCAGUGGAACUUCAGACCUCAGCAAACAGAACUAUAUGUAGUGCCAGGAGAGACUGCACUGGCAUUUUAUAAAGCUAAGAAUCCUACUGGCAAACCAAUAAUUGGGAUUUCUACAUACAAUGUUGUGCCAUUUGAAGCUGGACAGUAUUUCAAUAAAAUACAGUGCUUCUGUUUUGAAGAACAAAGGCUUAAUCCACAAGAGGAAGUAGAUAUGCCAGUGUUUUUCUACAUUGAUCCUGAAUUUGCUGAAGAUCCAAAAAUGGUGAAUGUUGAUCUCAUAACUCUUUCUUAUACUUUUUUUGAAGCAAAGGAAGGGCACAGAUUGCCAGUUCCAGGUUAUAAUUGAAGUCAGUAGCUAAGUUUGGCUUCAAAUUUGUGAUUUUUUAAAAAUCAUGUUUCUUGCCUUCUCAGAGGAGAAAUAUUCUAUAAUAUAGAACCUAUUUUAAAUAUUUAAUGAUGGUUCUUUUUUUUCCCCUUCUAACUAAUUUAUUCCACUUAAAAUUAUGAGAAGAUUCCACUUUUAUCAUAAGGAACCCACAAUGUCUAUUUAGAAUGUGUGACUAUUCAAUACCAUACUUAAGAUUAAAACAAACUGUUUCUUAUAUAUGCAGAUAUGGACUGUAUGGUACAGCUGAUUCAGCAGUUUGCUUCCAAAUUAUUGGCCCCUCAUACUUGGAGCAGUGAAUCUGAGAAUUUUUAAGAAAUUUUUGCUCAGGAUUAUUUAAUUUUAGACUACAGGCCAGAACUUCUGACCAUGUUUAUUAUUAUCUCUUAAGAAACUAAUUGCUACUUUCCUUCAGUGUGAAGAGACAACUAUCUUAAAAGCUCAAAGUGGAAGAGACAUCACUAAGUAACUUGAACCCUAAUAGCUUGCCCAAAGACUACAUUCUUAUUUUAAAUUCUACUUUAUUUUUCCACUAAGAUCUAUUGUACAUUCAUAGUACUAAACAGAUAAUUACUCUGAAAUUGUGGUGGCAUGAAAUUGAAAUAAAAUGCCUAAGCACAUCUACUAGACUUCUGGCACUUACCAUGAUAGUUCCAGAUCCCUGAAUGUCAAAAUGUAAGGGUGAGAUUGUGUACAUUUACUGACAUCAGAAGUUCUAAGGUGAACAAAUACUGUAAAAUGAUAUAUUAAAUUAUUUUAACAGUAAUUUAUUUGUCAUUGUAAUUUCUGUAAACCAGUCCACAGUUUAUUCUGAACAUUUUCCAGUAGUUGUUGUUCCAAAGGGAAAUGUUAAAUUACAGUAAAAAGGAAAACAAAAAGAACAUUUAGUGUAUUAUAAAGAAUCAUACUUAAAGGCAACGCAGUACACAAUCCAGUGACCUGUUCAGGACACUUGAAAUACAAUUAAACCACAAUCAUCAGGGUUUUUAUAAUUCAUAAUUCUAAACAACAGUAUUAUUUAUAAAGAAGUGCAAAUUGACUUUUACAUUCAAUUUAGUUAAAUGAAGGCACUCAGUAUUCUUCCUGAAUAAUAUCUUUAGUUUCUCACAUUUCAUGCUUAUAUCUAUUCAGAAUUUUCUUGUAAUGAAAUACUCUUCAUCUACUCUUACCACAGCAGUGUGAUUUUCUUUUCUAAAUGUAGGAAGGCCAUGAAACAUAUGCAUUGUAAUUAAACUGGAGGCCUAAGAACAAAAUAUUUUUCUUCUGCUGAAGUUUUAAGUAACUACGUGUCAUAAACCAGGUCUUUUGAGACAAAUCUUGAGCUGUUGUCAGGAACCACAAUGCUACCCUGGGACUGUUAACUCUUUAAAAUAUUGCAGAGGAGAAAUAUUCCAGUAUUCACCAUGGCUUUGAUGUGUUGGUAGCUCUUGUGUCCCAGGCCUCAAAGCUGGACAGGGUCUAGCCUUUGAGAGCUGGCACUAGGGAGCUGGUUGUCCACCUUCACCUAGAACAAAGAAAAGAUGACCAACCAUCUCCAUUCUUUCCUUCUCUUUAUGCUUAGUGAAAUAAGCUAGACACAAAAGGACAAAUAUUAUAUGAUCUCAGAGAUAUAAAAUAAUUAGAAUAAGCAAAUUCAUAGAGUUAGAAUCUAGAAUAUAGGUUACCAGGGGCUGGGUUAAGGAUAGAAAAUGGGGAGUUAAUGCUUAAUUUGUACAGAAUCUCUACUUAGGUUGAUUAUUACAAAGUUUUGGAAAUGGAUAGUGGCAAUGGUAGCGCAAUAUUGUGAGUGUAAUUAACAGCACUGAAUUAUACAUGUGAAUAUGGUUAACAGGUGAAAUUUUAGGUUGAAUAUUUACUAGAAUAAAAAUUGAAAGAUAAAACAGGACUGUAAAACAGUGAACCCUACUGUAAACAACAGACUUAAGAGAUAAUAGUACAAGUAUUAAAAAAAGUUCUUUCAUGAAUUAUAACAAAUGUACCACACUAAUGCAAUAUGUUAAUAUGGUAGUAGAUGGGAAAAAUACACCAAAUGUAAACUAUGGACUUUAGUUAUUUGCACAAUUUUAAUAUUCUUAUAUCAACUGUAACAAAGCUAUUACACUAAUGCAAACUGUCAAUGAUAGGGAAGUAUAUGGGAACACUAUUGUUUACAGGACUUUUCUGUAAACCUACAACUUCUAUAAUUAAAAAAAUAAAAAAACUGUAGGGUUAAAAAAAAUGCCAGUGUCUCAGAUGGCCCUAAUAAAAUGGUAAAUACUAAAUUCAGUAAGUGAUUAUUACACUGAAAUUAUGUAGGAUGCAAAAUGUACACUGAAGUCUUUACCUCCACAAUCAGUAUGAUUUUGAGUUCCUCUGUGGUGAUGAACAUCAAUUUCUUCAUAAACAGCUCUGAAACAAAAAAAGCCAUUAUGGCAAAAGGAUUAUAUUUCAAUCAAUUUCAAAGUACUAUUUUGGUUUUUAACUGCCAGUACGUUAACCAAAAAUGUGGUACUGUUACAGGUGUUCAGGCUACACCAGAGAAAGAUUUCUGUCCUGAAACUUACACUCUUAACUUUCUUAAAUUCUGAUGUUGCAAUUCUUGUGUAUCUUACAAAUAUCUAUAGUGUAUAACCAAUUCAUUUUCACUUGUGAGUUAAAAUAUAUGGCUCAUAUUUUGACAAACAGUUUGCUUUCUGCUAAAAAAGAAAAUCUGUUCAGCUUUUCUUGGUUUCAAAACUUAAAAAGAAAUACAUAAAACACUGUGUUCCAGCUUAUUUAGCCUAUGGGAUUAUAGUCUAGAUGCCUAAGCAACCUUUGCUUAUAACUGUCCUAUUUGUACCUUAAAUACAGUUAUCUUCUGUGACACCCUUCAUAUGUCUGUAACUAGAAAACAAUCCCACAAACAUGGCAUUCAUAUAUACAAUAAAGCAAAACAUGGCUGGAGAAAAAUCUCAUAAAAAUCAUAGCACUAUAAAGCCAUGAUCACCAGCUUCAUUUAUACCCCCAACAUAGCCCUGCAAUCUUAAUAUGUUUCUAAAAUAAGUUUUUUCUCUCAUUUUCCAUAAAACUAUUUCAAUCUUCCUUAUUCUCCUCAAGCCUCUGAUCCUUCCUUCUUACUCUCAGCUAGAAAUUCUACGUCUAAAUAAAUUAAAUGCCAUGGUAUGGAAACUUCCUUAUCUUCUCAUCACAAAAUCUUCAAGUAUAUUUUCAUCUGCACUUAUCCUCUCCUUCUAUGCUACUGUAGGAUUCACCCCUGCCUUCCCAAACACCACUAUUCAGUUACACACCCUUCCUAAAUAUUCAACUCCUCCCUCUACUGAUCCUACCACUCAGUGUUCAAAGAUGCUCUGGCAUCUCCCAUUUUAUAAAAUAGCCCCUAAACCCAUAUCUACUAACAGUAACACCUCAUUAAUCUGUCUCUAGCUGCCAAACCACUUUCCAUCAUCCUAUUCACAUUUAAGUUUCUAUUAAGUUAUCUCUAAAUUGUCUCUACUUCAUCUUACUUUUUAACACAUUGAAAUUUGGCUUCUGUCCUCAUCAGUCUACCAGAAUGACUUACUAAAAUAUCAGUAAUUUCCAUGUUACUUAUUCCAGUAUAUAGUUUUCAGUCCUUGUCUCACUUGACCUCAGCAAUGCUCAUCACAGUUGUGCACUCACUUCUCUUUGCUUCCAAAUUACAGUUUCCACAUCUAGUAACAGGCUCCCUGUUGUGUUUUGCACUCUUGGCUCUGGCUUUUCCGUUUCCUUGAACGCGCCAAAAUUCUUUCCUUGGAGUCUUUGUACAAGUUGUUCCGUGGGGCUAAAACACUCAUUCCCAAACUUGUCACUUGACUAGUAACUGUAGGUUUCAGCUUUAAUGUCACUUCCGCAAGCUCUCUAACCCUCAUUUAAAUUGGCUCUCCCUGUUAUACAUUCUCAACUCACCAUUAUUUCAUACCAUUAACAAAUUGUAAGCCCAUGUUUACUUGCUCAUUUGUUCAAUUUCCAUCUCCACAUUAGAUUUAACCUCUAUGAGGAGAGGGAGCAUAUGUCUCUUAGUCAACAUUAUAAAUUAGGCACCAAUCACAGUCUCUGGUACACAAUAAGUGUUCAAUAUAUUUGCCAAAUGAAUCAUAUAUAUGUGUAUAUAUUUGUGUGUAUAUAUAUGCAUUUUUAUGUGUCUUCAUAAAUAUUGUACUGUAUGUCCUGCUAUAGCAAAAAUUCUUAAUCUGGGGUUCAUGGACAAUCAUUGAUUUGUAAUCUCAGAACUUUUCUUCAAGAUGCUGUGCUUUUCUUUGGAGAGAAGUUCCCUGAAUUUUACCCAGAAAUUACGAACUGCAAUGAUAGAGAAUUCCCAAGUUUCAACCUCUAGCUUCCCUACUAUUUCUCUCACCUUCGAUAUCUUUUGUACUGUCAUAUCUACUUACAGUUAUCUAAGUGGAAUAAAAUAAACUUUUCUUCCUAUUUGGAGGCAGAAUAAAAAAAAAAUUCAACUUCGAUAGCAAACCUACUUUAGUAUCAAUUAUUUCUAAUCCCUUAAAUCACAAAUGUAUUCAGUGGUACUUUAGUAAGCAGAAUAAUGACCUGGGGUAUUUUCACAAUCCUAAAUUAGGAAAAAAUACUUAGUGGACUCUUAAUUCUAGAAGAUUUAAUCAUAAAUUA